ACUCUCCAUAAAAUGAUCCAUCAACGAGAGAGAGAGAGAGAGAGAGUUUGUAGAAUUUGAAGGAAAUUCUGCAACAUUUGGUCCUGUGAGAGCUACUAUAUAUACAUCUUCAAGUAUCUUUGGAUCGAUUCCUUCUUUUUCACUUUGACAUUCCAGUUUUCUGAGGAGUAUGAAAGUUGAAUUGCUCAAAACUUGGUCGUAAUUCAGAUCGAAGAAAUUUGAGCCAACGAAGUUGAAUUGCCUGUGCACAGAUUUUCUCGGAAAUCACAGGAUUUAACUUUCUCGCGAAACAUUCAAGAAGGUUAACCACUGCAUGUUUUCAUAAUUCGCUUCCGUAACUGAAGAAUUUCGAUUGAUUUGGGUAUAGAAACUUCGUGUUUGGAUAGAAGAAGUGAAGAUGAGCCUAAAACUUCUCUCAGAAGUUUCCUCUCUCUCUCUACAUGACAUCGGAUCUGAGAACUAGAAGCGUUUUUAAUUUGCAUUUUGAGUUGUGAAAUUCAAACAAUUCAGAACUUGGGAGUGGUUGAUUCUCUGGAAACUGAGAGUACUCGAAAAUCGCUCCACCUCUGGAUGGAGUUUCCUCAACGCCGUCCCCUUGGAACCCAAGGUAAUUACCUUAAAACACAUGACUUCUUGCAACCACUGGAGGGGAAGAAUGGUGGCAAGGAAGAAAACACAGUUGAGAUCACAACAGCGGGGAAGCCUCCACCACCAUCUCUGCCUCCUUCAGGUGAGCAGCUGAUUCUUCCCGGGGGAAUAGGGACUCACAGUAUGAGCCACAUUUCUUAUUUUAACCAAAGGGUUCCAAAGCCAGAAGGGGACAUACUGGUUGUGGCUCAGACAAGUAGUACAGAGGGAAAUGAAGAAAACUCAAACUGCAGUUCUUACACCGGAAGUGAUUUCACACUCCGGGAAGAAUCUGCAUUGAAGAAGGGAAAGACGAGGAAGGAGAAUAUUGCCGGAGGCCGACAAGUUACAACAAGAGGUGAUGAUUUGAUGGUGAAAGUGGUGGGUGGGAAGAGCACUGAUCAGAAGCCUAACAACCCACGAUCAAAACACUCAGCAACAGAGCAGCGUAGGAGGUGCAAAAUCAAUGACAGAUUUCAGAUGUUGAAAGACGUCAUUCCUCAUAGUGAUCAAAAGAGAGAUAAAGCAUCCUUCUUAUUGGAGGUUACGGAGUACAUUCAAUAUCUGCAAGAGAAAGUGCACAAGUAUGAGGGAUCAUACCAGGGAUGGAAUCAAGAACCAGAAUUGAUGCCAUGGAGAAACAAUCACAAGCCCAUAGAAGCUUUUGUUGAUCAGUCUCAAGCCACAGAUAGUGGCUCUGGUCCAGCAUUAAUGCUUGCUGCUAACUUUGAGGAGAACAACAUCAAUAUCUUCCCUACCAAUCCAAGGAAUGGACAGAAUACAAAAGAAUAUAAAAUGAAAGCAAUCGAUCAGAACUCCGAAUUCACAAAUAUGGCAGUGCCUAAUGUGCCCUUGCAGAGCAGAUCACGUGCAGUGGAUUGCGCUGUUACGAGCAAAAAGCAAAAGGAACUGGAAAUGUCUAUUGAAAGUGGUACAAUUAGCAUCUCAAGUGUAUACUCUCAACGGUUGUUAAAUACUCUAAGACAGACACUCCAGAAUUCUGGAGUAGAUUUGUCGCAGGCCAGCAUUUCGGUGCAAAUUGAUCUCGAGAAGCCACCACUACAUAGUGGAUUCACUGCUUCAACGUCUGCUGUGAAGGAGGAUAAUGAGAUUCCUUCAAGAAAUGCAGUGAUAGCACAUUCUAGAGGUGCAAGCAGAGGGGAGUCCUCCGAUCGAACCCUAAAGAGGCUCAAGCCAAGAUAGUUUACAAACUACCCAGUUGAGAGACCAGGACCCAUUAUUUUUACAUCUAGUGCUCUCUCCAGACUGUUCGGAUGCACAUAUUUUCCUCGCAACCAAACACCUAUUUUCUAUUUGUAUUUGUUUGUCAUUACCAGUAUAGAAGUUUCCAUUAUGACAUUGAGAAGCUUCUUUUUUCUUUUUUUUUUUCGUACUUUCUUUCUCCUUGUUUGGUGGUUAUGUAAGAAUUUUAUUUGGAUUGGAUUUGUGUUUUCAAUAAUUCUUGAGCAGCAACACGUUUUCACUUGCACACACCAUUUCGAAGAAUUUCACUAUUGGUAUAAAGACAAAUUGACUUUUAUUUACAAA